AUGAACUCCAUUUCCCAUCAGCCACUCUGCUGCAAUACUGUGACCAGGUCACGUGUCAGUAUUCUCUCUCACCUGUCCCUCAUCAGCUCGUUCAGAACGUGUCGAGAGUCUGACCUUCCACAGCAUGCUUCAUCUCACACUUCUCUUCCAUGGAUGAUGACUUCAAGGGUGUUAUGGUUCACAGUCUUCCAUUUCUUCAGCAGGCAAGGACACUCUUACACAACAACAGCAGCACGGUUGUGUAACACGUCCGAGACGAGAGGCUGCGAGAACAUCACGAAAGUGAGAGCCAGAGUUACGCUUCACCUCGCCUUUGAAAUAUACGUCCGGACAGAAGCGUCCUGCUCGCGUUCCCACAGUAAAUGUCAGCGUAUCCCAGGCCUCACACUGCAGCGCUUUAAUUCCUCAUCGCCUCCAACACGACCUGAUGAAAUGGCACUAGGGACGAGAUUACGGAAUGGAAUACAUCCAGGAGGCAACGAGUGCACACGCUCAGGCAUUUAUUUUUAUGAAAAUGUCUGGAAAAUGUUCUACAUUAAACACGAAAAGCAUCAACAUUCGAAAGCAUUAACCUUCCCCAUGUACAGGAACAUGGCGAUGAUGUCAGCUGACGCCUGGCGAGGUCGUGAAGGUCGUCCGGGUCGUACAGGCCUCCACUCGGCGUGCGAUCCGAGCCGGGAGACUCGAGACGAUCGGAAAACCCACAGAACCGCAAGCGCUCGCAAGCUUAAUGACCAGCUAUUAAAAGCAUGUGGAUAUUGUGACGAGAGGGGCGAACACACUUGGAUCUUGUUUACAUCAACACCCCCGGCGCGUAUCGUGCGGAGCCCCACCCCCACCUCGGCUACUCAGACUGACAUCUUCAACAUCUCCCUGAGCGACACAGUUGUUCCUACGUGCCUCAAGACAAUGACCAUCGUCUCCGUGCCGAAGAAGUCUACAGUCUUCUGCCUCAAGGACUAUCGCCCCGUCGCACUCACACCCAUCAUGAUAAAGUGCUUCGAGAGGCUCAUCAUGGGGGACAUCAAGACCCAGCUUCCACCCUCACUGGUCCCCAUGCAGUUCGCAUAUCGUCCGAACCAUUCCAUGGACGAUGUUCCACCUCCAUGA